UCGCACUCUCCACAAACACAAAAUUGCCUGCAAAGACGCAAACAGACACCAUUGAAGAAAGAAAGGAAGAUAGAGAAGAGUCGGGAAAUGGGGAUUGUCUCUUUUAUCUCAACCGUUCCUUCUCUGCCUGCACUCCCUCCAGUUCCAUCUCCUCCCACCAUUACCACAUCUGCUGUACCCAGCUACCCUAUUCAUGCUAGUACAAUUAGCUGUAAGAUUGAAGCUGAUAAUGCUAGUGAGACUCAAUUUGGUCGAAGAGAUGUUCUUAAAUGUUUUGGGGCUACCAUUGGCAUGGAAAUAAUAGCAAGCUCUGGUUCAUUUGUUGAAGAGGCUUAUGCUGCUGAUCUGAUACAACGUAGACAGCGUUCUGAGUUUCAGUCAAAUGUCAAGGUGACCCUUUCUGCAGCUAUAAAGGGAAACCCAGAUCUCAUUCCAUCCAUACUAACUUUGGCAGUGAAUGAUGCUAUGACAUAUGAUAAGGCUACAAAAUCUGGGGGCCCAAAUGGAUCUAUACGGUUCAGCUUAGAGAUUAGCAGACCAGAGAAUAAGGGGCUCUCAGCUGCUUUGAAUUUACUAGAGGAAGCAAAGAAGGAGAUAGAUUUAUAUUCCAAGUGCGGUCCUAUUUCAUUUGCAGAUCUCAUCCAGUACGCAGGACAAAGUGCCAUAAAGUCUACCUUUCUGGCUUCUGCCAUCCGUAAAUGUGGUGGGAAUGAAGAGAAAGGAAGCUUAUUAUACACUGCUUAUGGUUCCAAUGGACAGUGGGGCUUGUUUGAUAGGCAAUUUGGGAGGUUCGAUGCCCAAGAGCCAGAUCCAGAGGGGAGGGUUCCCCAGUGGGAGAAAGCAAGUGUUCAGGAAAUGAAAGAUAAGUUCUCAGCUAUCGGAUUGGGUCCCCGCCAGUUAGCUGUUAUGUCUGCAUUCUUGGGUCCUGAUCAAAUGGCCACUGAGACCUUAUUGGCCACAGAUCGAGAUGUUGCACCAUGGGUUGAGAAAUACCAACGAAGCCGAGAAACAAUCUCCCAAACUGACUAUGAGGUUGACCUAAUAACUACCUUUACAAAAUUAAGUUCCUUGGGCCAACAAAUCAAUUAUGAGGCAUAUACAUAUCCUGUUCAAAAAGUUGAUUUGAGCAAGCUGAAACUAUAGGAUGGAAAAGCACAUGGUUUUGUCUGGUAAGAUGCCAACUCCAACCAGCAUAUCAUCAGUUUUCACAACAAAAAGAUCACUCUUGGAGAUUUCAAGGUUGAGCUGGGGUCAAAUCCAAUAAUCAGUAGCAGACUUUUUAUUUAAAUUUUUUCAUGGCAUAGGUGGUUAACGUUGCCUGAGUGAAAUAAUUGUUUUAUUUUGUAAUCAGGACAGUUUGAGAUGUAUUGAAUUGAAAGGGGGUUUAAAAAAAAAACUACCAUACCCAUUUAGUGUA